UCAAAUCCUCAGCCAAAGAAAGCAUUGGAUGCACUUCAAAAAGUUGCUUCCAAUAGCUCUUUGGAGGCUGAGACGAAAUGGUUUACAGCCUUAGCCUACUUAUUGGACAACGAUCCAAAAGCAGCAAAAAAAAGAAAAAAUGAAUAUGUAAAUAGUCAGAAAGAUGCCCAACUCCGUGAGCAAGAACUCAUCAUCCAAAAUCAAUUGAACUUGGAGAAUGAGCGAAAUAGAAUAGCUUCAGAAAUGCAUGAUGAUCUUGGUUCUGGACUGACUGUAAUCAAAUAUCUAAUAUAUGAAGAUGAUGAAAAGAUCUUUAGAAUCGUAGUCGAUCCUAAAAAUCCUGACAUCAUUCUGAAAGCAGGUCUCCAAGGAUAUAUGAGCAAGGAUGGCGCACCUAAAGUACCUGCUGGUAAAUACACGGUAAAGAUCACCAAAGGCAAAGAAGAGUACACGCAAGACCUAGUGCUAAAAUAUGACCCUAGCUCCAUCCAUAGCGAGGAAGAUCGCAAAGUAAAGGAUGAAAAAGCCAUGGAACUUUAUAGGAUGAUGGAAUUACUCGCAGAUGAAGUGGACAAAAUAGAUCAGUUACAAAGUACAUCAGAAUCUAUCAAAGGAGGUUUGAAAGAUAAAAAGAUGCUCAAAAAACUCCAGCUCAAUGAGUAUGUCAAAGAGAUAGAAGAUUUGAGAAAAAUUCUAGUAGUGACCACAGGUGAUAACUACGUGGGUGCUGCAGAACCACAACUGAGAGAAAAAAUUGCCAAUCUCUAUGGCCAAGUCCUAAGUUAUGCAGGAACCAAUGAACGUGGACAAACUAUACAAUUUUCUGGUAAUAAAGAAGCUGUAAGUCCAAUGGAAUCAGUACUGAUGGCAGCAGCUGCGUGUAGCUCAAUAGAUGUGGAAACACUACUCAAAAAAAUGCGUCAGGACGUAAAAACGAUCUCUGUAGAGAUAGAUGGCACACGGGCAGAUGCAGUUCCCGCUGUAUUUACCAAAAUGCAUUUACAUUACAUCAUCACCGGAGAUGUCAAGGAAGAGAAAGCUGAAAAGGCUGUGCAAAUGUCUAUGGAGCAAUAUUGUUCUGUGUCACUUAUGCUUGCAAAGUCGGUGGAAAUCACCCAUAGUUUUGAAACAGAUAGGUCUCAACAUCAUGAGCAUAGUACACCAAUAUUCGCCACGUCAAGUUUUGUGUUUGACGAUGCAGAACACAUGAGAGCGCUCUUUGCCAAUGAAGCUGAAGGCAAUAUCUAUUCAAGAUUUACCAAUCCAUCUGUGCGAGAAUUUGAAAAUAAAAUGGCAGCUCUUGAAGGUGGAGAAGAUUGUAUAGCCACAGCUACAGGAAUGGCAGCUAUUUUUGCCACAUUCGCAUCAUUAUUGAGUAGUGGCGAUCAUUUACUGAUGUCAAAAGCUGUUUUUGGUUCGACCUUUAAAAUCAAUGACGAUUAUCUCCACAAAUGGGGCAUCACUUACGAUUAUAUCGAUCCACUAAACAUAGAACAAUGGACGGCUUUGGUCAAGCCAACUACCAAACUGCUAUAUCUGGAAACACCUUCAAAUCCUGGACUAGACGUCAUAGACCUAGAAGCAACUAGUAACUUCUGCAAAAAGCACGGCAUACUGCUCAUUGUCGAUAAUUGUUUUGCUACACCAUAUUUACAACAACCACUUGCUUUCGGAGCAGAUAUAUCUAUUCAUUCUGCCACGAAGUAUAUCGAUGGACAGGGUAGGGUAAUGGGUGGCGCUAUUAUUUCCAAUAAAAAGAUCAUAGAACAAAUCUAUCCCUUCAUGAAAAAUGCAGGACCAUCUAUGUCACCUUUCAAUGCAUGGGUUCUGUCCAAAAGUCUUGAAACACUAGCCAUUAGAAUGGAUCGUCACUGUCAGAAUGCAUUACAAAUAGCUACAUGGUUGGAGUCAAAUAGUCAGGUCGCUUAUGUGAAUUAUCCAUUUCUUCCUUCUAAUACACAGUACGAAAUCGCCGCCAAACAAAUGAAAGCUGGUGGUGGUAUGGUCAGUUUCGAACUCAAAGGCGGUAUCGAAGCUGGACGGCAACUCAUCGAUGCUAGAGAAAUGAUCUCCUUAUCUGCCAAUCUUGGAGAUACACGCACGAUCAUUACGCAUCCUGCAUCAUCGACCCAUUCCAAACUGACACCUGAAGAACGAACAGCCGCGGGUAUCACUGAUGGACUGAUCAGACUG